AAAGAUUUAUAUACCUUUCCUUCCUCAGCUUUUUAAAACAAUAUUCCUGAGAUUUUAAUAACAAAACGAAUAACCAGUAUUUGUGUGUAGUUGUUUUUUAGUCUUUAAACUGUAAAGUACACCCCCGGUUUUAUUUGCUCUGGGUUUACUUCAAAACAUUGCAAAAAAAACUUAAACAAAUAUGCAAGUAAAAAGAAAGAAAUAUGGCUAUAUGUUUUUAUCUGAAAUUAAAGUUUCGUGAAACGAGCUAUGUAAAGCUAUUAAACUGAAAGAAAAGAAAAAAUAUAAUUAUCGAAAUGAUAAGAUCUAUGAUACCGGGUUUUAUAAAACGCAAAUCUAUGAGCAGCAGUACAAAGGACGAGCCGUAUUCCGAUUUGUUUAAAGAAACGGACGAGAGUCAUCAUGUAAGCGCGGAGAGUGCAGAUGAGAUACGAUUGUUACGCGAAAAAUAUGGACUGGGCUUAGACUCAGAUAGGCGAAUAAGUCAAACGGAUCACCAUAUAUUUCAUUCCAGUGCCAAUAGCAACAGUAGAGAUCAUCAGAAAAUAUGUGUAGAUAAUGAAGUUAAAGAGAUACAGCGCAUUCGUCAUAGAUACAGUGUCUACGAAGGAAUUUUUGGCUGUGGGCCGGAUUUAAGUAGUUUAAUUUUACCGAAUUUUUCUGUUAUAAAUACAAGUGAAAUUGCAGAUCCGCCAAUGGUUGAUCAGGAGGAUAUUAUCGCCCUUACUCGACAUGUUAGAAGUUUUUCAGAUGCUUUAAACAACCUGAGAAACACUUUUAAAGAAAGUUGUGUUGAUGGUGUGUAUAAUGAUGUUGAAUGUCAAUCUAUGGCGCAGAGCCGCCUUGGUGAUGUGCUUACUAUCCUGAAAGGUGUACUUUCCAAAUAUCCUCCACUUCACUCACCUGACAUUCUAGUUGCAGCUGCUAAUAUAAUAAAUAAGAUCAAAAAGUAUGAUUAUGCCGAGGGCGAAGAAGGACCAACAGACUUCUAUGCAGCUAUUGAUCAGCUUGCUCUUUCAUUCAGUAGUAGUGUUUCUGAUUUUCUUGUUGGUGAUUCAAAUUCAGCUAAUGCUGUUCUUGAUCAAGAUGAUGAUCAUAAUGCAGACCAUGAUAUGGAUGGAGAAGAAGAAUAUGAUUCUAAAUUCUUUUCGCAGGAUGAUUAUGACGAAGCUGAAAAAUUUAAUGAAAGCGAAGAUAGCCUAGAUCGUUUGCAAGGUUCAUAUGACUUGCAACGAGCAAGAGAUACAGCAUCUUUAGAAAGUGACGAAAAUGUCACACCGCCUCCUAAAGAAUCAAACCCUAAAAGAGACACUGCUUCUGAAAGAACUGAUGAACUGGACAGGACAUUAAAAAGCAUAGAAGGAAGUGUUGACAUAGCUUUGCAAAGAACAAAAGUUUGGGCAAAAUAUGCAAAGGAUAUACUAAAUUAUAUUGAAAGAAGGUCCCAUUUAGAAUUGGAAUUUAGCCGUCAAACAGCAAAGUUGGCACAUCAAACUAGAAAUAGUAUUGUAGAAGAGAGUUAUCUUCCAUUCCAAUCUAUCUAUGUUACAGCCUUGGAUAACGAUAUACAAUUUGCAAAUAAUUACCACAGGAAUUGUCAAACGCAACUACAGCAGAUUGUUGAUAAAUUAACGCAACGACAGAAAGACCAUGAUGCAAAGCGAUCUAGAAUAAAGACCAGUUGGAAAUCAGAGUGCAAAAAAUUGACUGAAAGUCGUGAAAAUCUUCGUGUGGCAAAGAAAUUGUAUAUCCAAAAGCAAAAAGACUUGGAAAAGUUCAACAAGCAGCAGUCGGAAGGUAAAGAUGAGAAAGGAGGUUUUUCCAUUGGCAAAAAGAAAGGUCAAGAAGAUUUUAUAAAAAGUGCUGAAGAGAGUGAAGAACAAUAUAGAACUUGUGUUGUUGCAGCUAACACUCAUCAACAGGAAAUCGAGAAAACAAAAACUGAACUUCUACUCGAGCUACGACAAUUAGUUUAUCAAUGUGAUUUAACAAUGAAAUCAAUCACUGUAGCAUAUUUUCAAAUGAUGAACAAAUUAUUGUCUCCAUUACCUAUCCAAUAUAGAGCGUUAGUAGAAAGUAGUAAUUUGUAUGAAGAAGGACAGCAGUUUGCAGAUUUUGUUCGUUUGCAGCAAUCUACAUGUAAUCAAGCUAUGUCACCAACAUAUCAGUUUGAUAAAUACAAAGGAGAAGGCGCUGACCGGCGAAUGCAGCAACGGCAUGCGACUGAUAACAAUCUUUUGUCCAUUUCAAGUGAGGAUUACAGUGUCGGUCUCACACGUCGUUUAAGCAUCAACUCGGCAGAAUCAGAUAAACCACCUUCUCCAGGAGGUCGUAAGGUGAAGCAAGCUUGGGGAAGUUUACCCAGGAAUAAGGGAUCAGCAACUGACGACACAGACAGCGUAAGUAGCCGUUCCCUACCAGGCACUCCUCAAGGUAGUCCAUCAUCUCCACGAAAAGCUCUAAAAACAGGAUACUCAGCAAAUGAAAAUUAUUUGGAUGAUGAUCAUGGGGAACUAAAAGAAGCCAUAAUGAAAAGUUCAAAGCAAAUGCCAGGACUUUUUAAAAAUCAAAAAUUAUCUGCUGCGGCCAAAAUGCACAAGUUUCGCAAACUACGUUCACCAUCAAAAUGUAAAGAAUGUGAUAGUUAUGUUUAUUUUAAUGGUGCUGAAUGUGAAAGGUGCGGAAUUAUAUGUCAUAAAAAAUGUUUGGAAAAGCUAGCAAUCAAAUGUGGAAACAAGCGUCUUCCAAGAAAGAUGACGACCUUUGGUGUUGAUUUCCAUCAACAUUUGGCUGCGACAAGGCGUAAAGAUAUUCCAUAUAUUAUUGAGAAAUGUAUUGAUGCUAUUGACGAGUGUGGUUUAGGAUACAAAGGAAUAUACAGAGUUUCUGGUGUGAAAUCUAAAGUCGAGAAAUUAUGUCAGCAAUUUGAAACUGGUGGUGAUUUGGUGGAUUUAUCAACGACACCUCCUCACUUUGUUGCAUCUGUACUCAAGUUAUAUCUACGCCAGCUACCUGAACCAUUAUUGACAUUCAAGCAAUAUCAGAAUUUUAUUCAGGUUGCGAAGGAUUCGAUGAAUUUAAAGUUAGGUGCGAAUGAGAUUGAACACAUGAAUAGUGCUGAUGCAGCCCAAUAUGAAGAGAAUAUUCGUCAACUACAUGAAAUUGUAAAGCAACUACCGCCGUCGAAUUUUUACACAGCUGCUAAGCUUAUAAGACAUUUAAAAAGAGUUGCUGAGAAUUGCGAAGAGAACCAAAUGUCGUGUGCAAAUCUUGCAAUUGUGUUUGGUCCUACUCUACUGCGACCUGAGGGUGAUCCCAGUUCUUUAGCAGCUGUGAUGGACAUGUCACAUCAAACGAAAGCUGUCGAGUUACUCAUUCUGAAUAGCCAUAUAUUCAGCGUGGAUGAUACCGGAGAACUGGACAUAGAAACAUUGAUUGGUGAGAAAUACAGAGCACCAUCAUCAACGAAAGUGAAAAAAAAAAAGAUGAGAGAACUUGCGGAGAAGUCUCCAAGAAGUAAUGCCGAUCACGCUCGUGAAGACAGCAACCUAAGUGUCGGAACAGAGUUUAGUCAAGAGCUGAUGUUUAUGAUGGAAAGCUCGCAAAAGCGAAUGGAUGAAGAUCGACAGAAAACGGAAGAAAUGUCGCCUGGUCAACUUCCUGGACAAGCUCUUACGGAAGAUUAUGACAACACGGAUCCGGACAGAGAAUCAGAUAUACUAAGCGACCUUCCCGACCUUCCGAAAACACUUUCUUACAAUAAAAGCAUGAGCAUGGGGUCAGAAACAACUGAUUACGACUCUGGACACUCUAGAUUAUCGUCUCAAGGCUCGUGGCCAGCAAAUGGUGUUCAAUUUGAGUCAACAAGUCCAGUUAAUCUUCCAGAUGCCUCAUCUCCAAACGAUGAAGACGAUGAUGUAUGGAUGAGCAAGUUCGGCCAAGAUAUUCUUCCAAAACACAGAACUGAGUCUGUUACUGAGAUUAAGCCCGAAGGAGCCGGUGGUUUUCAGUCCACUAAGAAGAAGAACACAUCAACGAGUCGGUUAGAAACCACAACUUAUUCUUUCUCGUUAGGCAGCGCACAAAAACAAUCAGAGGAUGUGGGACAGGAGGGUGGGAUUAAAGAAAUUCCGAUAAGUCCUGGUUCCGACGAUACGAGCACGUGUUCCGAUGCUGAACCUUCACCGUGGGUUAAAAGAGACGGUAUCGAACGAGUUCCAGUUCGUAAGCAUUUAAAAACAGUUAACAUUAAAGCAACCACGAGUAUUACUAGCGUACAAACUAAUCAAGUGUCAUCGCCUGAACUCUCUCCCACGGGACUAAGAAGUACGCCUUUUAGCUUAACUGAUUCCCUGUCGGCAAAUAAACAAUCAACCGCGAUAGAGCGGGAUCGAUUUUCCUCCACAACUUCAACGGACUCAGAGAAAGAUAGCCAACAAUUAAUGUUAAAAGUUGGCACAGCAUCCAAACAGCUGCGAGAUGUACAAGAAUCAAAAGAUAGAGAGUUUGAAGUUACUGUGCCAACUUCACCGACUAGAAGUCCUCCAGCUGUUUUACCGAAGCCUAAGAAGCCGUUAGACAAAAAAAGCUGGACGGCGGAUCUUAUUAAAAGUAAAAGUCAGUCUUUACCAGAACCUCCGCAUCCUGGUUCAUUGAAUGAUAAACUGUUAAGCAGGCGGCAAGAUGACACAAAACCGGAAGAAGUACGCAUGUCCAGAACUUCUUCUCUGAAUAAUAAAUCUGUGAAGGAGAUCUUAACUAAAUUUCAAGACACUCCAUCGUUGAGUUCAGAUAGUAGUGAGUCAACAACGGCUGUUAAAAAUGACUUAUUGAAUCAAGAAAAUAACAUUGCGGAGGAAAAAUACGUAUAACAAUAAAUAUACGCUUGACGUCAAAUAUGCCGUUGAGACGACGUAUGGUCGUAGUAUUUCGACGUGUUUGUCGUUGAUAAUUUAGAGUAAUCGGUGAAAGAAAAAGAAUCGAAAUUUAUAUACCAAAUUAUUUUUUUAAAAAAGUUAUAAAUCCAUAUGUGAAAUUCUAUUUUUUCAACACAUUAUUUUCGUGACGUCUUUAUUUUGUGUUAACGCUUAAAAUACUUUUAACUCAAAACUUUAUUUAGUUUCAGUCUUUUUCAUGUUUUUCUGCACGGCUAAGUUCCCUGAUUGUUUGUUUUGACAGGGCAAAAUAAAAGCUAUAUAUUUCCUAUAAAUACUGUUUAAAAUAUUUGUAAGCAAUUUCAAAAGUAUAUUUUGUAUCACUUGUAUAUGUUUAUAUCCUCCCCGUACCCAGCUUCUCGAAUUUUUUAGUAUUCUAAGCAAAUUGGGAGACCUGGUUUAUAGUUUAUUUUUACCUUUUUUUUGUGAUUAUUAUAAGCAUCUGAUUUAUUUAUUUUUUUUAAAAGAAAUUUUUUUUAUCUCGAAAUGCGGCUCGCACGCAUCAGAAACCCUGCCACCGAUUACGCCCGCUGGCGUUAAAUUAAAAUUGUUAACGCCUAAACCUUUGGCGCCCAUUGGAAAAAUGGAUUUCUUUGAGGGCGAGUGUUCAGUGUUAGAAAAAGAGACAAAACAUCUUGCUUAUUUCAAAGGAGGAGUGCAGAUGCCCUCUCCGAGAGAUCUUUUAUAAUGACUAUUUUCCGUUGUUUUAAUUAGCUCAAAUCACGAUGUAUUUAUAUAAAGAUGUGAUUUUAGAUUUCAAGUAGAAUAUACACGAAAGUGUUGUCA